GGUGACAGGGAAAUCCAGUCGGAACUUGCAAGGUCACUUCAGCGUGGCCUGACUCGUUCUUCCAGCUUGUUAUUCAAGGCAGACCAAAACCCCCCGUCUCCUCCUCCCAUCGCCUGUGAGGUCGAACCGGUAUCUUGGCUUGAAAAGGAACAACUCCCGGAAACACUCGAGACUCGUCAGUGUGCAGCAGCUGGUCGUUGCGGGGUCUGCGGGGCUGGUGCCGUUUGAGACACACAAGUCAAAGUGAAAGGAUGGAGACCCAAAGCCAGGUUGUGGAGAGGUUGCGGGAGACGUUUCGUUCAGGCGUCACACUCCCGGAGCAGUUUCGACGAACACAGCUGACCAACCUCAUAGCCAUGAUCGAAGAAAACGAGGAACAGAUUAUAAAAGCGCUUCACAAAGACCUCGCCAAGCCAAAGUUUGAAGCCGUCCUGUCUGAGGUUGACAUAUUGAUCAAUGAGCUCUACUAUGCCAAUGCUAACUUGAACAGCUGGAUGAAGCGGGAGUAUGUCACUAAGAACCUGGCAACAAAGCUGGACGACUGUUUUGUACGGAGAGAGCCAUUAGGAGUUGUUUUAGUCAUUGGGGCUUGGAACUAUCCCCUGCAACUCCUUUUAUUACCCAUGGUCGGAGCCAUUGCAGCAGGAAACUGUGUGAUCAUCAAGCCUUCAGAGAUCAGUGCAGCCACAGAACAACUGAUAGCAGAACUCGUCCCAAAGUAUCUGUCUCAGGACUGUUAUGCAGUUGUUCGGGGUGGAGCAGAGGAGACCAAAGCACUUCUGAAGAAUCGCUUUGACCACAUCUUCUACACAGGUUCUCAGGCUGUGGCACGCAGUGUCCUGGUGGCAGCCUCCGUCCACUUGACUCCAGUGACCUUGGAGCUGGGGGGCAAGUGUCCUUGCCUGCUAUAUGGUGCGGUGAACAUGGCGGCUGCUGCUCGCCGCCUGGUGUGGGCAAAGUAUUUCAACUCUGGUCAGAGUUGCGUCGCACCGGACUAUGUGCUGUGCACUCCGGCCACACGGGAAGCCCUGCUACCUGAAAUACAGAAAACCCUGGUGGAUUGCUUUGGCACGGAGCCUCAAGCCUCUCCCGACCUGGGCCGCAUUGUGUCACCACGACACUGGACGCAUCUGAUGGAACUGCUCGGGAGGUCCAAGGGCAAAGUCGUCGUGGGAGGAGAGGGCAACCAGGAGGACAAGUACAUAGCUCCCACAGUGUUGGUGGACGUGGCUGAAGAUGAUGCCCUAAUGCAGGAGGAGAUUUUCGGCCCCAUCUUGCCAAUCAUCUGUGUUGAUACUCUGGAGGAAGGCAUUGCCUUCAUCAACCGUCAAGAGAAGCCACUGGCUCUCUAUGUUUUCUCUGAAGAAUCAUCUGUGGUAGAGACGGUGCUGAAAAAUACCAGCAGCGGCGGAUUCUGCUCUAAUGACGGGAUUUUACACAUGACCCUGCCAAGUCUGCCCUUUGGAGGUGUAGGUUCCAGCGGGUGGGGCAAUUACCAUGGCCGCUGGGGCUUUGAGACAUUCAGCCACAGACGUGCGUGCAUGCUGCGUGGCUGGGGCCUGGAGAUGCUCAACGGCCUGCGUUACCCACCUUACACUGAAAGAAAACUAAGCUGGGUGCGCUGGAGCGCUUCACCAAAGAGCAUGUGCUCACUAAUGUGAAGACAGUGUGUAUGUGUGUGUGAAGUUUUUAUACCAUGAGAGCAAGAGUGAAUGCUGGGGUAAUGAAUGCAGAGGAUUAAUCAUUCUGUUUUAAACCUGCUGUGAAAGUUGUUUGUGUACUGACAUAUUUUGGUAUUGUUGUCACUUCACACUUUAUACCUUUCGUUUCUUUUCUCUAAAGCAGCCACUUUAAUAACUUUGUUUUCUUGUCACUGAAUCUAAUUUGUAUCUACAGUGUUUUUAUUCUACCAUGUAUUUUGUCUUAAGGUAACAUUCCUACCUUUUGUAACUGGGUUCUAAAUGUCACAUUCUUCACUUUCUCUGAGCUCAUGUGUUUUAGUUUACACACAUUAGAAAAAAAGGUUAGUUUUUAAUUGAUAAAACCCUUUGAUAUAAGCUCAGAUGUUAAAAUUUCAGGGAUUUAACUUCCUGUUCAUGUUCAUCUUCUUGCACUGACAUGAGUGGUGAGGUGGAUUCUCAUGUAUUUAACAACUGCAAUCCAUUUCACGGUCUGGUUUGGUUUCUCCUCUGUAGUUUGGUCUUUUGAUUGGUCGUUCUGUUUUUAGUGAAAUAAUGUAAAUAAAUUCAAAACUUUA